UGGACGAGUGAGACCAUCACACGAGGAAACGAGCGUCUCGCGUUCUACCUUGCCAUAUAUGCGUCCAUGAGGCUGGUGGCCGUGCUGGCUUUUCUCUGUGCCAGCUCGUACUUCAUGUUGAAGAUUGUACCUAGGUCGGCUCGGAAGUUCCACUCCACAUUGUUGGAGACGGUCCUCAACGCACCCGUGUCGUUUUUCGAUGUGGUCGACAUAGGUGAGACCUGCAACAGGUUCAGUCAAGAUCUACAGCUUAUUGACACGGAGCUACCACUGGCCCUGAUCAGCACCACCUUAUCCCUCAUCUCGUGCAUCGUCCAGUUCGUCGUCAUCAUCAUCGGGUCGCAAUACACAGGCAUCACCAUGCCAUUCAUCUUCGUCGCCAUCCUGCUCGUGCAGCGCUUCUACCUGCGCACCUCCCGGCGACUCCGGAUCCUGGACAUCGAGUCGCGCGGACCCGUCCUCUCCCAUUUCCUUGACUUCAUCAGCGGCGGGCCCACGAUCCGGGCUUUCGCGUGGGCGGAGCAGUACAUCUCGCGGGCCACCCAGGCGCUGGAGGAAUGUCAGAAGCCCUUUUACGGCCUUGCGUUUGCGCAGCAAUGGCUGAACCUCGUGUUGGAUCUGCUCAAUGCCGGCGUGGCCAUCAUCGUGGUCUCCAUCGCCGUCAACACAAACAUGUAUAGCAGCGGCCUUACAGGCCUGGCGCUGCUUGGCAUCGUGGGCUUCGGGCAGAAUGUGAAGAGCUUUAUAUCGACGUGGACCGCGCUGGAGUUGGCGAUGGGUGCCGUCGCCAGGAUUCAAUACCUCGAGACCACGACAGCCUCGGAGCAGUUGCCGGCUGAGAAGGAAACUCCACCGCCAUAUUGGCCGAGUGCAGGCCACAUUGUCUUCGAAGCCGUGGAAGCCUCGUAUAGGUCUGAUUUGCCACCGGCGUUGAAGGGCAUAUCAUUUCAGGUCUUCCCUGGACAGCGCCUGGGCAUUUAUGGUAGAACAGGAAGCGGAAAAAGCUCCAUCGUGUCAGCGCUCCUUCGCCUGAUUAACACGAGCGCAGGAACGAUAUGGAUAGACGGCGUCGACAUCAGCACAAUCCCUCGCAACGAGCUACGACGGCGGCUCAUCACUCUGCCGCAGGAGCCAUUCCUCGCGCACGGCACGGUGCGGUCGAACCUGGAUCCCAGCGGCGCGCAUACUGACAAGGAGCUCGUCACGAUACUGAUCAAGUUCCGACUUUGGAACGCCUCCAGGUUGCCAGAUGGACUGGGCACGGAAUUGACGGAUGCGUCUUUCUCUCAUGGACAGCAACAACUGUUCUGUCUCGCGCAAGCCACGCUUCGCACAGACGGCAGGAUUCUCAUCAUGGACGAGUCGACCAGCUAUGUGGAUCAGGAGACGGAUGAACUGAUGCAGCAUCUGCUGCGCGAGGCUCUCCCGCACUGCAAGACCAUUUUUAUCGCCCAUAAGAUCCAGACGAUACUCGACCACGACUUGGUCGCCGUGAUCGAUAAUGGUAGUGUGGUUGAGCUGGAUAGCCCUGCGGCGCUGCUGAGUCGGGAGGACUCUAUCUUUUCUGAGCUUUGUAGACUGUCGCCUGCACCAAGAUAG